UUAUAGAUGUACCGAUCUUUACCAAGUUUAUUAAUUAUGUCUAUGUCUAGCAAAAAGCUUCUACAAGCUGAAGGAGACCAUUCAUCAUUGAAAUAUGGGUUGAACAACAGUGGAGAAGUACCAGUAUUCAAUGACGUUGCAGAUGAUGGUGAUGACCAACCUAAAAGACGUAGUAUGGACGAUGUGUUGAGUUUCAUCGGCUAUGGCCCUGUGCAACUGCUCAUGUUUAUACUGACGUCCAUUACAGCAAUGGGUUUUGGUUUUGAGAUGGUCAUAUUAGCAUCCAUAAAUAUACCACUGCAAAAACAGAUGAAUAUCACGGAACUUGAGUUCACAGUGCUGCCAGCUAGUACCAACGUGGCCAAUCUACUGGGCAGUCUAUUCUAUCCGUUUCUUAGUGAUAGAUAUGGACGAGUGUGGCCUUACGUUAUUGUCCUGCUGCAAAUAGCUGUGUUUGGACUCGCGUCUGCAUUCUCCACCUCCUUCGCGAUGCUCGUGAUCCUUCGUGACCUAGUGAGUGUGUCAGUAGAGGGAGCCAUCGUUGUACUGUAUCCAACUCUGGUCGAGUUUCUGCCGGUAAGGAACAGAGGCAAAGUUAUGAUGCUGGUGACGCUGGUGCAAGCUGUCGGUACUUGUAUCACUGGUGGUCUAGCUUGGUGGCUUAUACCAACUUACCCCGAGAAAGGUUGGCAGUAUCUACUGAUAGCGUCAUCUCUUCCAUUCUUUAUCGGAGCAUUGUACAGAGCGUUGUUUUAUAUCGAGUCACCACGUUUCCUACUCGCUCGAGGAAGAUACAAGGAUACUAGGAAAGUUCUGAAAAAAAUGGCACGAUUGAAUGGAAAAGAUUUGAGAGACUUUAUCCCAGAGUCUGUUCGCCUCGAGGACUAUCUACAAAUUAUGAAACCAUCGAAACGUUCAUGUUCAGGAACUAUUAACUCAUUGCUGUCCAUUUUCAAGAAGCCGUAUCUUCGUACUACAAUUCUACUCAGUGCUAUUUAUGUGACUGCAACUGUGACCUAUUUUUCAUCGGGAAUUUUUAUACCUCAAGUUCUAGCCAACUACCAACUCGGUCCGUUUUUCACGGCAUUUAUUGGAUAUCUCGGGCAAAUUCCAGGAAUUGUACUCAUGUCAAUAAUCAUUGAGUGGCCUGGAGUGGGUCGUUUAAAUGCUCUGCGUUUCUUUUCGAUACUAACAGCUGCUUCUUUUUUCAUAUUUGCGUUUGUUCGCAAUGCAGUUGCAACCUCUGUCAUAAUCACUAUCAUCUAUUUCUCCAUGGUUCCUAUGAUACCACUUUUGUUGACGUACAUGUCUGAAGUAUACCCAACGGAAAUUAGAGGAUUUGCGAGUGGUCUGUUUAAUUCUCUGUCUCCCCUGGUUGGCAUUGGGGUGUUAUUCGCAGGUAGCUAUAUGAUUGAUGUGAGUGUGGAGAUACCGUGGCUGUUCCCCACUGUCUGGGGAGUAGUGUUUGUGGUGCAAUUCAUACUGUCUUUGUUUUUAAAUAUUGAGACGCUGGGAAAAGAACUGAAAGAUACUGUGUAAAUGUUUUUAUUGUCUAUUUUAAUAUGGUUAACAGCCAGGAAUUCUGUUUCCAAUGUUUUGCGCAUGCGCGUUGCCGUAUAAUUAUACUAAGGUAUCUUCAAGGCUAGCUAGCUCACUGACAGACAGUUGACAAACACUCUCUGGGACAAAAACCAUUGUGUAGCUCUUAUUCCUUUCUAUAACAGCGCUUGUAUUGCAGAAUACAGAGACUGCAAAAACGCAUUGAUUUACAUUGUAAACAGCAUAUGCCAGCUCAGCACAUUUUUACUACGGAAGUAAAACAGGUAGUCAGUAAUUAUGAUGUCACAGAUCCUAAAUUCCUCAUGCUCUUAUAUAAAUGCUAAUUUUAUUGCUAUUGCACUGUAAAUCUUUUGAAACGGAAUUCAGAGAAGAUCUACAAGAUCUAUAAUUAUAUUAAAGUCUAUAAGCAAGUUUUAACGAGACACUUGAUUCACAAAAAGGUAAUUUAAAAGAUUGACUGGCCCUUGUUGAAUCAUGAAAAUGAAAGCUAUUGCGGUUUGUGUGUCCAUCAUAUUAGUCUUUGCCACAUAUCAAAAUGUCAAUGCCGGUCGUUUUGAAAGUGAAUUCAAAGAAACUCUGGCUCACAUAUUCAGAGAAAGAAUUGUCAAAUCACUGCUCGAUGUUGCAUCGCUUAAUGUACAGAACAAUCUAAAAAUACCAGCAAGGAAAAAUUUGGUUGAAGUUUUUUCACAAGGCAAAGCAAAAGGCCGAAAUCCUGAUUGCCCUGUUUUGAGCGAAACUGGCAAACUGUACAGGGCUACACGUACUGAUGAAAACUGUAAGAAAGGCUUGCUCGCUAAAAAUCCUAAUGCCGGACAUAGCAUAUCCUCUCAUGUUGGAUGUGGCAGCAAAAAAAUAAAAGGCUCGCAAUAUAUCUCUCUCUCGACAUCUUUGGACCUAGUUAGGAAGAAGUAUUCACCCAAAGCUCACAAGAUAGUUGAAGUUGAUGUUAGAGAUGUCCCAAAAUGUUGUGAGAUUAUAGACCUGAAUGAUGAAAACAUUCGUGAUAAACACCUUAAAAGUCCUUUCGCAUCUAAUUGUGCUAGGAAAGACUGUGAGGUGCUGCUUGCUUGUAAAAAAAACUACGUACCCUGUAGACCUCUGUAUGUGAGAGGGAAAGAUAAUAAGUUCAUCAAGUUGAGAGUAAGCGAACGGCGAGACAAGAUCUGCAAUUAAGAACAGCAUAAUUAUACACAACUGGAAUAAAUGGCUGAAAUUUGUUCUGUAUGGAAUACUAUAUUGUAACUGAAGGUACAUCAUAAUAGCGUUUUUUUAAUUGUACCAUUAUGUACAUGACUGCACAUUUGUCAAUUGCUUAUUUUGAGACUUUA